AUGCGCUGUCUCAUUCUUCUGGUGGUGGUUGGCGCGGUGUUGGCUCAGUAUGAGUCUCAGAACUCAGGCUACGAGAAUGCAGAAAUUGAACAGCCUCCCCCUCCUAACCCUAUGUCAGCUGAUGGCAACGAUCAGCAAGGAUAUAACAGUGAUGGUAGACUACCACCACCGGGAGGCAACGAAAUAGACGACCAAAGUGGUCCCCGACCUGGAGGAGGUGGAGGAGGGCGACCUCGACCACAACCUUCUGGACCUCCACCACCACCUCCGGCACCAGUACCUCCACGACCGGGGCCUGCACCGUCACCCCUACCACAACCAACCCCACUGCGACCUGCUCCUCCACCGCCACAACCAGUCCCUUCAUUACCAGCUCCAUCACCACCCAUUCAACCACCAACUGGAGGUUACUACGAGGGAGGAUCACCAUCUGGGCCUUCAUCGGGAGGCAGUACUGGAGGAGGAUCUGGAAGUUAUGCCGGGGAUGGAACACCAUCUGGGCCUUCAUCGGGAGGCAAUACUGGAGCAGGAUCUGGAAGUUAUGCCGGGGAUGGACCAUCUGGGCCUUCAUCUGGAGGUGAUACAGGAGUAGGACCAGGAAGUUAUGCCGGGGAUGGCGGAAGCGGAACGCCCUCACAGCCAUCCGGAGGGUAUUCCGGUGAAGGAGCACCACCCCAGCCAACCUCCGGCGGCAGCACCGGCGUAGGACCCGGGCCUUCUCCCGGCGGCUAUGAUGGAGAAGGAACUCCAUCUCAGCCUUCUCCUGGAGGUAGUUCAGGCGGUCAAUCUGGACCUGGCGGUUAUGCUGGAGACGAUAACUCACCCCCUCCUCCAGGACCAGGACCAAGGCCUGGACCGGGACCUAGACCAGGAUCAGUACCAAGUUCAGGAUCAGGAUCGAGACCAGGACCAGGGCCGAGACCAGGACCUGGACCUAGACCGAGUCCAGGGCCAAGACCAGCACCAGGACCAAGGAUUCCUCCACCACCACCUCCACCUCCUGUAGGAGGAGAAGAUGACAUGCAAUACCAAUCGAACGCCAACUACCAACAGAAUGAAGCCAUGAAUCCACCUCCAUCAAUCAGUGCCAGUGGUAACGAUGGUCUCGCCUACAGUAAUCCUGUUCGUGCUCGCCGUUGA